AACUUGUCUUAGUUAUAAAAAAACUGACGGGAGUUUAUGUUUGGUCCGGAAUGAAUUUAAACAUGACGGGGAUUACGUGAACCGCUAUUAUCAAACAUGGCAACGUAGACUUCCCAUACUAUUGUAUUCAACGUAAUAGCGGGAAAGAGACGUUUCUCUGAGGCAGUGACCCAGUAAACUGACUAGUGAGUGUGUCUAAAUAGUUCUAAAAUAUCCUGCCUCUGCAUACUUUGUUGUUGUGUAUUAUCAUUUUUGUUAUAAUGACUUAUUUUGAGCAUAGUAGCUAACCGUCAAAGCUGCCCGUUUGUUCGCCAGGAAACGACACACAAAAGUUAGCGGUGAGAAGGACAAACAAGUGCUUCGAGGGGCACGUUGACUCAAGACUGGUGGGCAAAACAAAAUGCAAUAGAAUAAAAUGAAGCCGAAACGCAUCCAGAGACAAACAAGACCCAAAUGGCAAGGGAAAGGGCUCAGCAGUGGGGACAAAGCCAUGCUGAGUCAAUCGAAGCCAACAUGUGUGACCGCUGCUGUCCAAGUCAAACCUUUUGCUGGGAAAGUGUUUUACCUGGACCUGCCGUCAAACAGGAUAGCGGACAUAUUGGAGAGUGACAUCGGAUACCUGGGAGGGAUUGUUGAGAAGUUCUUCAGUAAGGAAAUUGAAUAUCUGGUAUCCAACAAGAGGGAGGCUCGAUAUGUGCAUUGCAUUAGGCAGGAGUCUCCUGUUCUCGGCCCGGACUCUGGCCCAAGUUCACCCCAAGUCCGAACAGACACAUUUGUUCCAAGUCGAGGGAAGACUUUGGUGCAGAAAGUUGUGAAAGAGCAGGAGAGGGUGAAAAUGAACAAGAUCCUGUCAAAUGCUCUGGAGUGGGGUGUGAAAAUACUCUACAUAGAUGAUGUAAUCACAUAUGUUAAGAAGAAAAAAAAGAUUUUCGGCAGCCAGUGUCCUGCUACUAAUGCAGUCAAAACAAGUGUCAAAGCUCAGUCCGCCGCAAAGCAAGGCUUUAAUAAAUCCAAAGGGGGCCGGAUCCGUAAACCUUUCGUCAAGGUGGAGGAUUCAAGCCGACACUACCGGCCGAUCUACCUCACCAUGCCGAACAUCCCAGAGUUCAACCUGAAGACUCUUCCUCCCCACAGUCCCUUCUGUGCCGAGGACAAGGCUCCUCCUGGAAACAAACAGCCGGGGCGCCGAGGUGCAAAGGCCUCAGCCAGUGAAGAGCUGGCCAACGGCCGGAAGAAGAACAAAGACAAGAAACGAGGCGGCUACUGCGAAUGCUGCAUGAUCAAAUACGAGAAUGUGACAACGCAUAUAAAGAGUGACCGUCACAAGGCUUUCUCCAGGAGUGAUGAAUACUUGGUCUUGGACAAACUGGUCUCAACUCUGCACUUUGACUUCCUCAUCAAAACCAAAGUGAAAGGACCAAAAUGCAGUGUUUCUUCUGUUCUGAUGGCUCCUGGACCAAGUGGGAAACCUGUGCAAAGACGUGAAGGAGAUCCCGAUAAAACAGAGACAUUUAAAGAAGAAGAAGAAGAAGAAGGGCAGCAGCAUCGGACGGUCGACGGGCACGAGGGAUCUCACUCGGCACACACUUUAAACAUCACAUCGGGGACAGGUUCCACUCCUCUGACUUCCACUGAGGGGAGAACCUAUUACACUCACUCGCAGAGAUCCAAGCGCAAGUCUGUGGCACGUAAACGUCCGUGCAGGCAGAAUUCUUUGACUUCUUGCUCUCAAAAAGCUGCUCAGGUUCCUGAGCCCAGGAUGGAAACCGCCCCUAGAGGGGAAUGUCUUGCCUCCAUUCCCCCCGGAGGUGCUCAGGUCAACACGGCGAAACCAACAACAACUGGAGAUGAGGAGGGCUCAACCUCCUGCUUGGAUGCAAUGAACAGUCGGAACGAAGCUUCCCUAAAAGGCCUUAAUGUCAUAGCAAGUCAAGAGGAUAAAAAAAAGGAAUCUUCCGCGUGUGAGCCUGUUCAGGGCUGUAAGGUAUCGUUUGACAAAAACAGGGAAGAAGAAAGUCUUCCUUCACUCACCUUCUCCCCGGUCCGUAAAAUACAGAGGAGGGUGAGAGUCUGUAGGCGGAAGACACGGAAGGUGGACACAUGUGGCGAAUACGUGAAGCCGACUGACCUUCCCGACAGCUGCAUGCUGAAACUCUGGGAGCUUUUUCAGUCAUCUGAUGACAUGGAUGGGGAAUUUAUGGGGUUUGAGCACUAGUAGGUGAGGAGUGAACUGGAUUGUUACUGCCAUGUACAAUACUUGAGACCAGAUUCUGUGGCCCGGACUCCAAGCCUCUAGAUUUCCCUCUUGGGUUUGAAGACGGUGAGCUGUAUUCUGUUCCAUCAGAUGAAGGGCGAAUGUGCGUGAGCUAUUUAUCUUACAUCCCACUUGAAAGAGGCCAAACCAGCAUGCUGUUUCUCUUUACUCUGGUAUUUUGCCCAAUUUCAAAAGUAUUUGAAACUAUAGGUGAAAAAGAAAAAUGUAUUGACGCCGUCAUUGAGUUACAACCUUUGGUAAGAGUUGAAAUUACAUUUGAUCUAAUUUAAAAAUCCUUGUGAUUGUAUAAGGGAAAAACCUAAUUAAUCAAUUGAAUCCAGUUGAAAGUUUUCUAUUUUGUGAAGAGUUUUUCAUCCAUAAAAUUUUUUUCAUAAAAAGAUUAAUGUUGGACAAGAUUAUCCACAAUUUUCCCACAGUUGGUCAAAGCUGCUUCAAUCCUAAACUUAUUCCAAAAUUGUCUUUAAUUAGACAUAUGUACAUUAUUCCUAUGUAUCUUAGGCGCACUGUGCAUUUGUUUCAAUUACUAAGGGUUUGCUGUUAUGAACUGGAACGAAAGGCCUCCUGCAAGUCCCAUCACAGGGUUUAACGACAACAUCUUUCACAAAUUCCACUGGGAAUCCAUUUUUAAAGAAGUGUUUUAGUCCCCUCGCAGUUGUUUCCAAUGAAUACCUUUGAGGGAAAAGGUCAUUUUAAAAAUAUAUAUAAUAUAUUUCAUUGCAAUCUGAAUUUUACAGACCUCAAUAAGUGAUUAUUUCCAAAUGUAACAUGUGUUACUUGAUAUUAUAUGACAUUUAAGGAUUUUAGGGACUUUCUCAGCCCUCUCUGACGCCUCGCUGCGUGUUGCGGAUUAGCACACCGCCCUUGUUCUCCCACGCUGCUCUCCAAUGGAUCCACGCGGUCAAAUGAGGAACAAUGUUUUCAGAGGUCAAUGCACAGAAAAUAAACUGAAGUGAGUGCACAUCAUUAUUUUUUGUUCUUGCUCCUUGCAGAUUAUAAUCUUUUGCCCCAAAACUGUUUUUUUCUGUGCACUUUAGUGUACGCAGACGUUGUAUUGAACUGAUGUUAGUGUGGAGUAAAUUCAGUUUAUAUUCUGUGAUUCUUUUACAAAGGACUGGGGAUUUUUUCUACAACUUUUUAACAAAAAAUGACUUUUGGCAAACCAUACAAAGUAACAUUUUUUUUAUCAAGGAAACUUUCUACAACCUAAAAAAGUGAACAACGUGCAUAUCCUACAUCCAAACUUUUCUAAGUUGCGUUAUAGAAAUGAAAACAAUGAAAACAUUGUGAUAUAAUGUGAGUCGUUGUUUAUAUCUAUCUAUUAUAACCAUUAAAUAGCAAUACAAGUGGA